AUGGGCGUCCUGGGCGUUGCCUGGCGGACUUUCAGGUCCAAGGCGUUCACGACCAGGACGCCUGGGCAGACGAUGGAAGGUGCGAGGCGCGAGGACGGCGGGGACAUGAAGAAGGUGCUGGGAGCCUUCGAUUUGAUGAUGCUGGGCGUGGGGGCGAUCAUCGGCGCCGGCGUGUUCGUCCUGACGGGCGUGGCAGCGCGCUGCAAAGCCGGGCCCUCGGUGGUGCUGUCAUACCUGCUUUCGUCGAUCGCAGCCAUGCUGGCUGCCCUGAGCUAUGCAGAGUUUGCCGUCGAGGUCCCUGUGGCAGGUGGAGCAUAUGUCUAUGUGUCCAUGGUGUUUGGAGAGUUUCUUGCGUGGUGA